CUGGGGUGGGGCUGGGAGGGUAGACUGCUGGGGGCGGCGCAUCCAGCCCCGGGCUGGGGGCCCAAAGUGCUCGGCCCCUGGGCGCAGCCGGACGAUCGGGGGCCUUCUUUCCGCAGGGGACAGCCUGACUGGGGAAAUGGUGUCUCUCGGCCACCUCUUCGUUUUCUGUGUGGGUCUCCUCGCCAUGGCCAACACAGAAGCUCCACAGGAACACGACCCAUUCACCUAUGACUACCAGUCCCUGCGGAUUGGGGGCCUCAUCAUCGCCGGGAUCCUCUUCAUCCUGGGUAUCCUCAUCGUCCUGAGCAGAAGGUGCCGGUGCAAAUUCAACCAGCAGCAGAGGACUGGGGAACCUGAUGAGGAGGAGGGAACUUUUCGCAGCUCCAUCCGCCGUCUGUCCACCCGCAGGCGGUAGAAACACCUGGCGCGAUGGAACCCAGCCAGGAUUCCCCUGGCACCUGACACCUCCCACCCACCACCCGCGCGCCCACCGCCACCAGGACUGCCUCUUCCCGAACCCCGCCCCACAGACUCCUCUCGGCAACCCAGACUUCCAAUAAAACGUGCUUUCUCUCUUGACA